GUGAGGCCGGAACGUGGCGGUCUCCAUGGCGCUGUGGCGCGGCUCGGCUUACGCGGGCUUCCUGGCGCUGGUAGUGGGCUGCGUGUUCCUGCUGGAGCCUGAGCUGCCGGCGUCGGCGCUGCGCUCGCUCUGGAGCUCGCUGCGGCUGGGCCCGGCGCCGGCGCCCGCCUCCCCCGAGAGCCGGCUGGCAGCCGCCUGGGAUGCGCUCAUCGUGCAGCCGGCCCGGCGCUGGCGCCGCGUGGCCGUGGGGGUCAACGCAUGUGUCGACGUGGUGCUCUCGGGAGUGAAGCUCCUGCAGGCACUUGGUCUGAGUCCUGGGCAUGGCAGAGAUCACGCUGUCUUGCAUUCAAGGGAUGAUCUGGAGGAAGCCUUCACUCACUUCAUGGGGAAGGGAGCAGCUGCCGAGCGCUUCUUCAGCAGCAAGGAGGCCUUUCGGGACAUCGCCCAGGUUGCCUCGGAGCUCCCUGACGCUCAGCACUACGUCGGAGGGAACGCAGCGCUCAUUGGACAGAAAUUCGCAGCCAACACAGAUUUACAGGUCCUCCUUUGUGGUCCAGUUGGUCCCAAGCUGCAUGAGCUACUUGAUGACAGUGUGUUUGUCCCUCCAGAGUCAUUGCAGGAAUUGGAUGAGUUCCACCUCAUUCUGGAAUAUCAGGCAGGGGAGCAGUGGGGCCAGUCAGAAGCUCCCCACGCCAAUCGCUUCAUCUUCUCUCACGACUUGUCCAACGGGGCCAUGAACAUGCUGGAGGUGUUUGUGUCCAGCCUGGAGGAGUUCCAGCCCGACCUGGUGGUCCUCUCGGGCCUGCACAUGAUGGAGGGACAGAGCAAGGAGCUACAGACCAAGAGGCUCUUGGAGGUUGUCACCUCCAUUUCUGACAUCCCCACGGGGGUUCCAGUUCACUUGGAGCUGGCCAGCAUGACCAAUAGGGAGCUCAUGAGCAGUAUCUUGCAGCAGCAGGUCUUCCCUGCGGUGACCUCCCUCGGGCUGAACGAGCAGGAGCUGUUAUUUCUCAGCCAGUCAGCCUCCGGGCCCCACUCAUCCCUCUCUUCAUGGAACGGUGUUCCUGACGUGGGCGUGGUCAGUGACAUCCUCUUCUGGAUCUUGAAAGAGCACGGGAGGAGUGAGAGCAGAACCUCGGACCUCACCCGCAUCCACUUCCACACGCUGGUCUACCACAUCCUGGCAACGGUGGAUGGGCACUGGGCCAACCAGGUGGCGGCCGUGGCCGCGGGAGCACGGGUGGCCGGGACUCAGGCCUGCGCCACAAAAACCAUCGACGCCCAACAAGUGUCCCUGAAGGCACCCCAAGAGUUUGUGACUUCCCGCUUGGAAGCAGGCCCCAGGAUUGUGUUCAGCCCAAAUGAGCCAGUUGUGACGUGGCACAGAGAGGGGAUAUCCUUUCACUUCACCCCCGUCCUGAUCUGCAAAGACCCCGUUCGCACUGUGGGCCUGGGAGACGCCAUUUCAGCCGAAGGCCUUGUCUAUUCAGAGGUGCUUCCCCGCUCCUAGGAGGCUCCUGCAGGGUGUGCUGAGCAGAGAGGAUCUCAGCAAGGAAGUGCUUUGGAAGAGGACCAAGGGUGUCAGGACAGCUUCCAGAACUGACAUGGGGAACAGCCGAAGAGCAGCAGCAGAGACUGUGCCACACACAUUCCAGCCCGUGGGCAAGUCCACACAUUUCAGUGUUGCGUCCAAAUUCAGUUAGCUCCUAAUGGGGCUGGGUGCAUUACAGGGGAUACCCCAACCCCAGUCCCAUAUCAUCAGUUUCCAUAGCCUCCUGGAGCCUUGCCAGCCAGCUUCUCCCUGGGAACGUGGCGCCUCCUCGCCAGCUGAGACAUGCAUGCCUUGUCGGUUGCACCCUCGUGUGCUGCUCGUGAGUCCUCGGCCCUUCCUGCCUUGUGGGGAUGGGGUCAGAGAGGCAAGUCAGGAUGGGUCAGGCCUCCUGUGCCUUACAGUGGGCUGCAGGCCGGGCAGCCCUGGGCAGCCUAGCGGAGGGGUGACUGCAGGCCUGGUGGCUUGGCUUCUGCAACACAAGAUGGAUUUGUGUUGGUUCAUAGCUUUGGAGGACUGCUUUUAAAACUGGAAUGUGCUUCUCUGUGUCUAAUAGGUCAUGUGUGUGACAAAUCUUGUAUUUUAUGUUUUCAUCAACAUAGUCAUCGAGGAGUUGGAGCCCACAAUAGCCCCAGAAUCAGGAAUAAAUUUGUCAUGCUAAUAUUUAUUUAUUUUUUUAAUAAAUCCUGAGUUUUCUGUGUGCUUUUAAACAUAUUAAAAAUGACAUACAUUUUAGGAACCCUG